UCUGCCUGCGCCGGCCAUGAUGGCACCGGGCGGAAGGAGGGCUCCGGGUGACGUCACGGCAGGGCCGCCCCGCCCCGUUCCCUUGGAGACAGGCGGGCGCUUCCGGUUGGGCCUAGCCGAGGACGAGGCCUUUCAGCGCAUGGCCAGGUUCUGCUGACUUUCCUGCCUAGUUAUGUAGCUCUUUGAAUGAAGUUUUGUGUAACUUUCCAAAGACUGGCUCUGCUCCCUGAACUGCGGAAGCACCAUUGUUCCCCUGCCGGCACCAGGAGCUCCUGUUCUGCUGAACUGCGGUUGUUGCUGCCUUCCCCCUUUGACUGCCUUUUCCUUUCCUGGGAAAGACCCCAGACCCAUAACCCAGGUCCUGCGGAAAGAGAGAGGCUCCCGGGAGGGAAUGGCGGAGCCCCUGCAGAAGAAGCUCCAGGCCGAAGUGGAGAAGUACCAGCAGCUGCAGAAAGAUAUCAGCAAAUGCAUGUCAUCCCGGCAGAAGCUGGAGGCCCAGCUGACCGAGAACAACAUCGUGCAGGAGGAGCUGGGCUUCCUGGACGCCUCGAACUCCGUCUUCAAGCUGAUUGGGCCCGUCUUGGUGAAGCAGGACAUGGAGGAGGCAAAGGCCACGGUGGGGAAGAGGCUGGAGUACAUUGCGGGGGAGAUCAAGCGCUAUGAGGCCCAGAUGCAGGACCUGGAGAGGAAGUCGGAGCAGCAGCGGGACCUGCUGGGGAGGCUGCAGCAGGACUUCCAGAAGGCCCAGGCCCCGGGCAAGGCGGCCGCCCUCAAGGCCUGAAGGAGGAAGGAAGGAGAGAAGGAAAGAAAAGAAAGGGAGGGCCAGCUGCUGGCUCCUCUGGUCACAAUAAAACAAAGCCACACCUGUG